AUGCUGCCCGCGAUGUUGUCCGGGAUGGGUGGCGAUGGCGACGAUGGCGGCGAUGGCGGCGAUGACGAUAAUGAGGGGUCCUCGAGCCGAAGCUGCUGGCUGUGUGCCCCGUGCGUUGCGCCCUUUGUCCUGCUCGGGGCCGUCAUCCUGAUCGGUUGGAGCGAGAAGCGGAGCGUCUGCAGAGCGAAGGCGAUCGACCAGGGCAGGGAUGCAGCCGUGAAGGUGGGCUGUUCCGACGUCAGCACGGGCGCGGGGGAGCUAGUGUUCUUCAACUGCGACCUCCAGAAGACGGGUCUAGUCCCAUCAAGUCUCGGAGUCUCAGGCGGGGCGUUCACUGUCUCGUUCCCGGGCGUCUGCUUGAAAACGACCUCCCAGAUGUACCAGUGCAAGGAGACCAAGACUGAAACGACGAGCAGCACAAGACGACGACGCGACAAGACGACGACGUACACGUACACGAAUACCUGGUCCAUGACGUCCCCAUCGACAGACAUUUUCCAUGACCUUCCUGCUGCUCGAACCCACUGCGCCAUAAGUGCCUCCGCUACGUCUAAUCCCAGUUGGGAUCAUGAUGUGCCGUCGACUUCGACGCAGUACGCAAGUCAGGUCAAGGCCGGGGCUUGGACGAUCACUGCUGGCUUGAGCGGCGUUGCGUGUGAUACUGGCUUGGACCCGGGCGUGGCUACCGCCGCCUCGGGGAUGUGGACACCGACGAGUUCGUACGCCUUCGAGAGAAGAGCCAGCCCGCCCAGCUACACCGUGGGAGACUACACCGUAGCCUUCGAGGGUAAUGACUGGGACAGCCCCGGCAUCACGGCUCUCGGCCUGAACACGGGGGGGACGCUGGAAGAGUGGGCUGCUGAGAGUGACUGGCUCUGCUCUGGCUACACGCUGUACGAGUUCAAGGGGGGUACCCAGGAUAUCGACGCGCUCUUCUCGGACAUGGAGAGUGCGGGUCGGUGA